AUGGCAAUGGCGCCGAGCAAUAUUCACUACUACCUAUUUGUGUUAAUAGUGGGGCAUACAACUGCCAACUUAAGCGAAAAGUUUACCAUAACUAACGACAAUAUGCCUCAAACAAACUACCAAAGUCUAUUGCUGGAUAUAUAUAAGGAGAAACAUUUCGAUUCAUUGUUAUUGCUGCAUAGUCAACAUAAAAGCCAAGAACAUCAUCUACAGCCAUUCCUAGAAUUAUCCUUGCCCAAAGUCAUCAUGAGUGAAAAUCAAAACUUUACCUACUGUGAUUUUUACAAUAGCGAGAUUUUGGUGAUUUUCUUUUUUACCUAUAAUCUGGACUUGGAGCUGCUGCAGACUGGAGCAGAGACAAUAGACUUCAUGCGCCAAAAGCGAGUUCUAAUGCUAGCAGAGAAUGUAGAGGAUGAGCCUAAGUUCCUGCAAGAGUUAUUGUUAUUAUGCGAGAGUUACAAAAUGACAAAUGUAUUUGUGGUUAUUUCUGAUGGCCAGCAUGAAGACGAGCAGAAAUAUUUCUUACUCAAACCCUAUGCGGCAUAUCAUUGGUUGCAUGUCUCCAAGAAUUCUAGCCAAUAUUUUAACCAAAGUUGGAGGAAUUAUAAUAACAAAACCCUUAGAACUUUCAUUGAUCAAUCCUCAGCGGGAAAUCUUGUUUAUGUCGAUGCGCAGGGUAAUCUUCAACUAAAUGGCUUUAUAGCCCAACUGGUUUUAUUGUUUGCUGAACUCCACAAUGCCUCCCUCAGUAUGCUGCACCCUUUGCAGGUGGGUGACAAAACGCACUUUCAGUUCAUCAACCAAAUGGUGAUGGAUAAUCUAUUGGAUGUGCCCAUGUCUCUGACACCCAUACCCAUUACCAUGACGCGCAAUGGCACUGAUUUUUAUGACAUCAAUCGGAUAAUGAUUUUGGUGCCUCUGGCCCAGCGUUUCACUGUGCCCGAGAUAUUUGGGGUUUUGGUCAAUGAAUACUUUUUUGCCUGCAUACCGCUGACCUCCUUAAUGCUGUCUAUGGUGCAUAGUUUAAUCGAUUACCUGGGCUAUGAUUUGAGACACUUUCUGGAUUUGCUAAUCAACAGCAAAGUUUUGCCAGGCAUAUUGGGCCUAUCGUUUUCUUCAAGACCAAAUCCCAGGAUAAGUCUCAAAAUCGUUUACCUUUUGGUGGGUUUUGCAGGCCUAUAUCUAAGCACUCUAUUUGCGGCCACCAAUAAUACGCUCUUCACCUCACCCCCCAGUCAUCGGGAAAUUCGUACUUUCCAAGAUCUUAGGCAAUCUCCCAUCAAGCUACUCUAUGCCAGGCAGGAUGUUGGACAUUUUCGUUUUAAUUUGGAAUUGAUUGAAGAUUCGCUGGAAUUGUCGGACAACCUGUCGUACAUACAACAACAGCGCAUUAACUUCAAUCCCUCAUACUGCUAUGGGGCGACCUCAACCACCUUUGACAUUGUAUGGAGGCAACAGAAGUUUUGGUCCCGUCCCACCUUUCAUGCUCCCAAAGAUAUGGUGCUUUUCGAUUUGCUGCCUUGGGGUUAUCUGCUACAAUACAAUUCGCCCUACAAGGAUGAUUUGAAUUGCCUCAUACAUAGAGUUCACGCUGCGGGCUUAGUUGAAGCUUGGCGCAAUAGUCUAUUUUCGGAUUUGCUAAAAUUAAAGCAGGUCUUCAUCAAGGAUCCCAAUCCUCCUCAAGGUCCCAGUGUGUUUACUGUGAUGGACCUCUUUUGGAUUUGGAUGAUUGGUAUCAUUGGUUUGAGCUGCAGCACGUUGGUGAUGUUCCUGGAAUAUUUUAUGGGUUGUCGUCAAAGGCGAUCGAUCAACUCUAAAGCUGAAAUCUUGAGGAAAACCAAAUUAAAUGAAAAUAAAUAG